AUGUAUAUAGACGCAAAGGCUAGGCAAUUGGCAUUGGUACUGGUUGAAUUGCUAGCAAAUACAGGUAUACCUGCCUCUGGCAAAUCAACUUUUGCGGAUCUGUUGUAUAAAUACACCGAUAGUAUACUUCAAAAUGAUCCUCGAAACUCCGUCAGAGCUAUCCUCGUUUUACUCGAUGGGUGGCACCUUACUCGUGCCCAAUUGGACCAGUUUCCUGACCCCAAGCUUGCCCGAGACAGACGAGGCAGCCACUGGAACUUUGACGGUCCAAACUUACGCGAAGAAGUCCUGCCAGAGACAGAGCGUAUCAUAACGGCGCCUUCUUUUGACCAUGCAAUCAAAGAUCCUACGUCCCAUGCCGUGCAAAUUCAUCCCCAACAUCGUAUAGUCAUCAUAGAAGGUCUCUACACUGCUCUGGACGUCGAUUCUUGGAGAGAAGCCGCGCUUUUACUCGAUGAGCGUUGGUAUCUCGAACUAGAUUUCGAGGAAGCACAGAAACGGCUAGUCAACAGAAAUCUGGUUAGUGGUGUGGCCAAGGAUCCUGCAGAAGCAGUAUGGCGAGCAGAAGCAAACGGCAUGCCUAAUGGUAGAUUUCUAUUAACGAACACGGUGGAAGCAACGAGGGUUAUAACGAGCGUGGAGGAUCCUGUCCUCGCCCUACCUGCAUAA